AUGUCGGGUGGAACGUCUACCAACAAAGACCGUAAUUUCCUUGCCGUCAUUGGCGACGAGGACUCUGUCACUGGCCUUUUGCUUGCAGGUAUCGGCCACGUCAAUCAGCAACAGAAGCGAAACUUUCUUGUCGUCGAUGCCAAAACACCAUUGGCCAGCAUUGAAGAAACAUUCACGGAAUUCACGCGACGAAAGGAUAUUGCCAUCAUCCUGAUCAACCAACACAUCGCCGAGGAUAUUCGCGAGCUUAUUGAUAGCCAUCAAGCAGCAUUCCCUACGGUGCUAGAGAUACCCUCCAAAGACCAUCCUUACGAUCCUGAAAAGGAUAGUGUCUUGAAACGCGUCCGUCGACUCUUUGGUGAAUAA